AUGACGUUAACGACCACUCUGGCACACCCAGACACGACAUUGGCCUCUCCCGCCAGUGAAAAAGAUGUGGACAUUUCUACCGGAGUCCAGGAGGACAUCGUUUCCGAAAACAAGGACGGUCUACUGGAAAGCGGGACCUCCGACGACACAUAUAUCACCAUAUCACAUCUUAGGGAUUCUACGCUGGCGCCAGGUUGGGCGACAUAUGUCCACCCUCGCGGAGCCAUUUACUGGAUGAACGCCACUCAUCAGGUUGUCGUGGAUGAUGACAUCCGCGAACCGUCUUCCUUAAGGAGAGCCAACGAGUUCUGCGCCCAGUGUUCUCAGCUCGCUCUCCCGGAAGGCAUGGAGGCGCACAUGAUUGGCGGCAUGGACGCAUCCUUCUGCCUCUUCGUCAACCACAAGCAAUGCGUCGCGGGCUACGAACUUCCUAAAGUCAGAAGCAGUGCCGUCAGAGAUAUGUCUGUUAAUGCUCUGAUGCGCGGGAGACGGCUAUACUGGAAUUUCGUGAGCUAUCACCCUUCACACCGGCCAUGUCCACAGCAAGGCUUCGACGAGGCUAUUGAUGCACUGCGCUCCUAUCAUCACGAACAUAUGAACGUUGGCAUGCGGUGUUUCGCUCCGUUCUCCAAGUCGGAGUGUGAAGAACUUCUAAGCAUACUGAGAAGCGCAAGGCAUGAGGAGCGGAUAUUGCCCUCCACCAUCGCCCUCCUCGGCUGGGUAUUGAAAGACGUUUACAGCUUCCGGACCGCAGACAAGUAUGGGCAGGUGACGCGCGACCAGCUCAAGUCGUACCGCGAAAGCAUCUGGCAGGCACCCGAGCUCACGCGGGAGCCGUCGACGCUCGCGCGCGUCGUCCUCACCUGCCUCAUAAACGGCCCAUUCUUCGGCAUCCCGACGACGUACCUCGCGCACGUGAAGAGCGCGAGCGAGUUCCGCGGGCACCUUGCGGGCCUCAAACAAAGCUGGGAGUCGUACACGCUCCAGCUCGUCAGGGAGUACUCCGACUUCAUUCUCAUCGCAACCGUGUUGCUGUCCGCGACCGUGGGCCUCCUCACGAUCAACGACAUAAGCGAAGCGACCCGCGUCGCCGCGAUGCUCUCUGCCUUCUGUGCGCUCGGCAGCAUGACCGUCGGCGUCUUCUUCGUCUGGCGCCACCAACGCAAUACGCGCAUGCCCUCUUCGUUCUCGUAUCUGCAUAACGCACGAAACAACGCGCUCGGCCUCUCGGGCCACGCGCUACUACUAAGCCUGCCGCCCGUGCUGCUCGUGUGGUCGAUCGCGGGGUUCGCGGGGUCCACGCUCGCGUACGCACUGCAGGACACCACACGCGCGACGACGUGGCUGCUGCUCGGGCUGUUCGCGGUCGUGCUGGGCGCGGUGAUGGCUGGGGUGUACACGUUCUCGACGAUCUGGCACUGGCAGUCGCAGGACGCGUGGUGGGCGGGCGUGUUCAGCUGGCGCGGGUGGCGGAAGAAGAGUAAGGAGCAGGCUGCUGCCGUUUAA